AUGAAGGAGCUGAGAACACUCUUCGUCUGUCAGGCCUGCGGGGCGCAGGCGCGCAAGUGGUUCGGGCAAUGCCCCGACUGCGGCGCGUGGAACUCGCUUGUGGAGGAGGCGGCGCCUGCCGUGGCCGGAGUCGCGGCGGGGCGCGUGCCCCUGGCCGGGAGCGCCACGGCGCAGCGCUACGACCAGGUCGAGACGGCCGACGCCGAACGGCAGGCCAGCGGCAUAGGCGAGCUCGACCGGGUGCUGGGCGGCGGGAUCGUCCCGGGCUCUGCCGUGCUGCUGGGCGGCGAACCGGGCAUUGGCAAGUCGACGCUGUUGCUACAGAUGGCGGCGGCCGUCGCACGCACGCUCGGCCCGGUGUUAUACGCCUCAGGCGAGGAGUCCGUGCAGCAGCUCAAGAUGCGCGGCGACCGGCUCGGCCUCGGCGCGCCGCCGCUCUAUCUGCUGGCGGAGACCUGCCUGGAACGGAUCGUCGAGGAGGCCGAGCGGGUCAAGCCGGUCGUGCUGAUUGUCGAUUCGAUUCAGACGGUCUUUUCGCUCAAGCUGCAGUCCGCCCCGGGCAGCAUCGGCCAGGUGCGGACGGCGGCGGCGGACCUGCUGUUUAUCGCCAAGGGCAGGAAUCUGCCGAUCUUUCUCGUGGGGCACGUGACGAAGGACGGCAGCCUCGCCGGGCCGAAAGUGCUGGAGCAUGUCGUCGAUACCGUGUUGUACUUCGAAGGGGAGCGGCAUCAUUCCCACCGGGUGAUCCGUGCGGUGAAGAACCGUUUCGGCGCGGUCAGCGAGCUGGGCGUCUUCGAUAUGACCGGCUCGGGGCUCCGGGGCGUCCCCAAUCCGUCGCAGUUGUUUCUGGCGGAGCGGGUCGCAAAUGCGCCGGGCUCGGCGGUGCUAUGCUCCGUCGAAGGGUCGCGGCCGAUCCUCGUCGAGGUGCAGGCGCUCGUGAGCGGCGGGGCCUACGGCACCGCGCGGCGCACGGCAAGCGGACUCGACCACAACCGCCUGUCGCUGCUGCUGGCGGUGCUGGAGAAGCGCGCCGGGCUCAGUCUGGCGGGGGAGGACGUGUUCCUGAACAUGGCCGGCGGGUUGACCGUCAACGAGCCGGGCGGCCGACCUGGGGGUGAUUGCGGCCGUGGCUUCCAGCCUGCGCAAUCGGCCGGUGCGGUCCGGUACCGUCGUGUUCGGCGAGGUCGGCCUCUCGGGCGAGGUGCGCGGUGCGGUACGCGCGGGCCUGCGGCUCCGGGAGGCGGCGCAGCUCGGAUUCACGCGCUGCGUCAUGCCGGGCAGCAAUUGCGCGCCGGUGGCCGACGGCGGGGCCUGCGAGCAGGUGGGGGUCGGCACCGUCGGGGAGGCGCUGGAGGCGUUGCUCGACUAGAUGCUCCCUCCGUUUCAUUGGUGGCGCACCGUCUUCUGGCUGAUUCCGGCGAUCAGCGUCUAUACCAUUGUGCUCGGCUGCCUGUCUCUGGCGUCCGGCCUGGUGGAUCGCAGCGGCAAUACAGCCCACCGUUGCGCCCGCGCCUGGUCACGCCUGAUUCUGCUGACGACGAGGGUGCGCGUCCGUGUGGAGGGUCUUGA